UUGCAUUAUUCAUGUAGAAGAAAGAGGAAAGUGAAUUGGUGUCAAACUCAAAUGAUGUGAUCCACACCAAACUAGUCCAAAUAAAAUCCAAAGUCUUACAACACAGCUCUUUGGUGAUACCAGGAACCUACAACAGUAUCAUUUAUCUGGCUGGUGUCAAAGUGUCAUCCACCAGAAAGCGAUCCCAAAAGUGAUUCUUCUUUCUGGAAGUAUGCCUCUGUCCAUUGGCAGUGUCCCAUGUUCUCCGCUUCAGGUUCGGCGUGUACAGUUAAAGUAGUUCCUUUUUGCCACUUCUCUCACAACUUUGAAAAUACGCCAACACGAAUCACGUCUCUGAUACACAAACGUCCAUUUCCACUCCACAGUCAACUUCCCCUUUCCCUCUCAUAAUCCUAAAAGAUGAUACCUUUUAUAUACUUAAACCAAGAGACCCGCGUGAGCUCCCAUCAGUCAUGUCCGCUUCCCACUUGUCAUCAUUUGUACGCAUGCAUGAAGAAGAAGAUGAGCUAUCACGAGGGAAGGAGCCGGUUUGAGACUCGUACCCAACAACCAGGUCCCAAGGUUCCAUCAAAAGUUAAGCAUUUUCAUUUGCACAGAGCAAAUUAAACUCUUCCUUGCUUCGCUCUCUUUGUAUUGUUCAACAUGCCUCAGCCAUUGUUUCUGAUUUUACUUUUAUGUACAUUGUUCUCAAGUGGUUUAUCCCAAACGGUUUCCCUCCAAAGAGAGUCUCGAAUUUUACUUCGGGUUAAGAACACCCAGCUUGAAGACAAAAACAAGAGUCUCCAAGACUGGGUACCAAACACAGACCACAACCCCUGCAACUGGACCGGCAUUACCUGCGACGCACAAAACCAAUCACUUGUCUCCAUUGACCUCUCAGAAGUUGGAAUCUACGGUGAGUUCCCCUUCGGUUUUUGUCGCAUUCACACCCUCCAAAACCUCUCUCUCGCAUUCAAUUUUCUCUCCAAUUCUGUCUCCCCCAACUCCCUGCUCCUCUGUUCCCACCUCCGUCUCUUGAACCUCUCCGACAAUUUAUUCGUUGGAGACCUGCCGGAAUUCACGCCGGAGUUCACCGAACUAAGGGUGUUAGACCUUUCGAAAAACAACUUCACUGGCAACAUUCCGGGGAGUUUUGGACAGAUUCCACGUCUGAGUGUGCUAGUUUUAUGCGGAAACCUUCUGAGCGGAACGAUCCCUCCCUCUUUAGGCAAUCUCAGUGAGUUAACUCGUUUGGAACUAGCUUAUAACCCCUUCAAACCAGGACCGUUGCCUCCCCAACUAGGAAACCUAAUUAGUCUUGAAACACUGUUCCUCGCUGCUGUUAACCUCGUAGGGGAAAUUCCACCCACUAUCGGUAACCUCACCUCGCUCAAAAACUUGGACUUAUCAAAAAAUGGUUUGUCUGGUAAUAUCCCAAACAACAUUUCAGGUCUGAAAAACGUUGAACAAAUUGAACUAUUUGAAAACCAACUUUCCGGUGAAUUACCCCAAGGUUUAGGAAACCUCAGUAGUUUAAUUCUCUUGGACCUCUCUCAGAACGCUCUGAUCGGGGAACUACCACAUGCAAUCGCCUCUUUGCGUCUCUAUUCUCUCAACCUAAAUGACAACCUUCUCGGGGGGGAAAUUCCUGAAAGUUUAGCUUCAAAUCCCAACCUGCAUCAGCUGAAACUCUUCAACAACAGCUUCACCGGGAAACUUCCACAAGAUCUGGGACAAAACUCAGACAUACAGGAAUUCGAUGUCUCGACGAAUGACUUCGUGGGAGAGUUGCCAAAGUACCUCUGCAAGAGAAACAAACUCGAGCGUCUCAUCACGUUCGCGAAUCGCUUCUCAGGAACGCUCCCUGAGCAAUACGGGAAGUGUGAUUCACUUCAGUAUGUCAGAAUCCAGAACAACCAGUUAUCAGGCCAGGUGCCUCCAGCUUUUUGGGCCCUUACAGGGCUUCAGUUUCUUGAAAUGUCCAACAACAGGUUUGAAGGUUCUGUCUCUGCUUCCAUCUCUGCGGCAUUCACCAAACUCAUUUUGUCUGCUAACCAAUUUUCUGGCAAAUUCCCAACGCGAAUCUGCCGACUCCCUCACCUUCUGGAGAUUGACGUCAGCAAGAACCGCUUCACCGGUGAAGUUCCCACGUGCAUAACUGGGUUGAAAAAGUUACAGAAACUUAAGAUGCAAGAGAACAUGUUCACCGGCGAAAUACCCAGUAACGUGGCCCUCUGGAACGACAUGACAGAGUUGAACCUGUCAUUUAACCGAUUUUCCGGUUCAAUCCCGCGAGAACUUGGUAGUUUACACGAUUUGACAAACCUUGAUCUCGCCAGUAAUUCUUUAACAGGGGAGAUCCCGGUGGAGUUGACGAACCUCAGACUCAACCAGUUCAACGUCUCUGAUAACAAUCUUUACGGGGAGGUUCCUUCAGGUUUCAACCACCAAAUGUACUUUUCCAGUCUAGAGGGAAACCCGGGUCUAUGCAGCGGCGUUAUCAAAACCCUACCUCCAUGUUCGAAACGCAGGCCGUUUUCUCUGCUUGCGAUUGUCAUUUUAGUUGCCUGUGCUUCGCUCCUUGUGGGGUCCAUGUUGUGGUACCUGAAGAGCAAGACGCGCCGUAAAUCCAAGCGCUCGUAUUUGUCAACCGCGUUUCAGAGGGUUGGGUUCAAUGAAGAAGAAAUUAUUUCAAACUUAACCCGGGAGAACGUGAUUGGAGCAGGGAGUUCGGGUCGGGUCUAUAGGGUGAAGCUGAAAACGGGGCACACGGUGGCAGUGAAGAAGCUGUUCGGCGGAGUGCAUAAGCCUGACACUGAAUUGGUGUUCAGGGCGGAGAUUGAGACGUUGGGCAGGAUUCGGCAUGCCAAUAUUGUGAAACUGUUGUUUUGUUGCAGUGAUGAUGAGUUUAGGGUAUUGGUGUACGAGUACAUGGAGAACGGGAGCUUAGGGGAUGUGUUGCAUGGUGAGGAAAUGUGUGGGGAGUUGAUGGAGUGGUCUAGAAGGUUCGCAAUUGCGGUGGGUGCGGCUAAGGGGUUGGCUUAUUUGCACCAUGAUUGUGUGCCGCCAAUUGUUCACAGGGACGUGAAGAGUAAUAACAUUUUGCUGGACCACGAGUUUGUGCCAAGAGUUGCAGACUUUGGCCUCGCUAAGACAUUGCAGCUUGAGACAACCCAGGAUGCUGUUAUGUCCAAGGUUGCUGGAUCAUAUGGCUACAUUGCUCCAGAGUAUGCUUAUACAAUGAAAGUGAACGAGAAGAGCGAUGUGUAUAGUUUUGGGGUUGUGCUGAUGGAAUUGGUCACCGGGAAGAGGCCAAAUGACUCUUCAUUUGGUGAGAACAAGGAUGUAGUGAAAUGGAUGACUGAGAUUGUUUUAUCAACGUCCUCUGAAAGAGGAAGUGGCAAUGUGGGAGGAGGUAAAGAGUAUAUUAUGACCAAGAUUGUGGACCCAAGAUUGAACCGAAGCACUUGUGACUAUGAAGAGGUUGAGAAGGUUUUAAAUGUGGCCCUACUCUGCACCUCAGCAUUUCCCAUUAAUAGACCUUCCAUGAGAAGGGUGGUUGAAUUGCUCAAGGACCAUAAACUGCCAUGAUACUGUGUUGAGCUUCACAGGUUCUGUCCACAAAAGGACCCAAAUUUUGUAUGGGAGUCUCACUGGGCACCACAAGAAAGCUAUUUAUGUCUCUGUAUGCUUGCAUGAAUUCUUACUUACGAGGAAAUUUUGAGCAUAUACAUUUUUACAUAUUUAAUGGUUAAGGAAUAAUUGUUUAGUUUCAUUGCAUGCAAAUGUAAACUUUGUAUUUUUUUUUAUCGAAUGUAAAUCUUUUUGUAGAUA